AUGGCAAACUACAGACGAGCCAAGCUCGCAGUCGACGCCUUUCGUGGCUUUACGCCAAGAAUGGUAACUAGACCAGAGCCCGUCUCCGGAGUCUUCUCCACCAAGUCUUCAUCUUUGGCCUCAGAACCAGCCAAGAUUUCUGGGUUUUCUCCUUCCCAUUCUAUUUUACACAAACCAAUUCCACACACACAGUUGAGAUAUUAUCAUGUGGAUCGGCGGCAUUUUGAUCCUCGCCGAUGGGCUGACCGGUUCAAGAGAUAUUUGAUUUACCCCGGAAUUUUAUUCCUGUUGUUACUAUUGUGGAGGGUGGUGGGGUUUUUUACCACCAAUUAUGAGACACUGCCAUACACUAAACGUCGGCUUUUUAUAAUUCUGUCAACUGAUUUGGAGAGGAAGCUGGGAGAGUCGCAAUUUGAGGAAAUGAAAGCUUCACAAUUUGAGGGGAAGAUUUUGCUGGCUAUACACCCGGAAAGAGUGAGGAUUAGGGUGAUUGCCAAGGAUAUAAUUGAUGCGUUGAAGAGAGGGUUGAGCCAUGAUCAGGACAUGGGGAAUGCCUUGUAG